UUUAUUAAACAUUUAACAUAGGAAUUUAACCUAUGUUUGCAAUUUAUAGAUAUUUAUAUACAGGAUGUCCUACAAUGUUAUGCAUAUGUUAAUAACUCUGUCAAUAUAAAUUUGUUUUCCAAUUUGGUUUUGUCAGGAGGAUACAAAUGAGAAAAAUUAAAUUUUCAUAUUCAUCUUAAUCAAUGAAAAAAAAUAUUUAAUAUUUUCACUUUUUUAUAUUUGUAAAAUAUAUUGUUCUAAAAAUUGUGUAAUGUAUCAAACAUUUAAAUUCAAUCAAUAUUUUCUUUAAAAUAGUCAUUUUAAUAUCUAAGGAAAGGUAUAAAAAUGAGACUACUACAUAACGCGAUAGUAAAUCAUAGUAAUAUAAGAUGAACAAUUUUGAAGUUAAAAAUGCUAUUACUAUGAAACUAUUGAUUAGAUAUAAAUGUAUUAUGCAUUACAAUUUUUGAAUAAUAUAUUUUACAAAUUGGCUUUUUUAAACAUUUUAAAGUUAUUUUUUUUUCAGUGAUUUAGGAAUGAAAAUAAAAAUUAAAUUGUUCUCUACAUUUGUGUACCCUGACACAAAAAAUGAAUACCUAUUGACAGUUAUUAGCAUAUAGAUAACACUGACUAACCUAACCUAAAUAAUAGAGUUUCUCCUGAUGUAAAUAUUUUAAUUUAAUUUAAAAAAAAAUUAUAAUUUGUAAUUUUGGUCAAGUCUGUUCAGAGCUUACCAUUUCAGUAUUUACUCUAAAUUGUAGUGUUUAAGUCAUAAUUCAAAUUUAAACAUAAAUAAUAUAAUUUAAGGAAGAGAAAAUUUUCUGAGGUCACCCAGCUUUAUUUUUGUUUGACAAUAUUUUAGAAAAAAAGCUAUGUGGUGCCCUAUAAAAUAUUCUACUAUUUAAAUUUUGUUAUUUAUGUUUGAACUCUGAAGUUUAUUUAAAUACCACAAUUUAAAUUUUGUGUUAUAUAAUUUGUCUUUGUUACCAAUUAGUUAAUUUGAGACAGCAAAUGUGAGUAUACUAUCCUGUUAUACAUAAUUUAAUUAGGUACAAACUUAGAAUCACAAUAUCUGAUGGACUGACCAGAACAGAUUCGACAAUAACCUAUGAAUUGAAGUACAAUGUAGUGAUAAGUUGAGUAAUUAAUAAAAACCUUAAAAACUAUUUUAUUUUAUAGUAUUCUUAUUACUUAUUUAUUCAAACUUGUUUUGUUAACGUAGCUUAUAAAUUAUUUACUAUGAUUAUACUUAUGUGUGCUAAUUUUAGUGUAUAUGUUUGUGUUUUAUUUUGAUUUAUCAUCUUCAUUGUAUGUCAAUUAUAAUAUAAUAGUUCAUUAUUUUAAUUUAUACAAACAAACGUUCACAUUUUAACUAAGCAACUCAAAACAUUUGAUGGUAAGUCUGAAAAUUUAUUUGCAGUAUUUUGACUAUAUUUUUUAUUAUAAUAUGUGUCUAGUUUAAUCACUGUGCAUAUUUUUAAAAAUAGGCUUCACUUGAUGGACAACAUUCACCAACUUCUUUGAUAGAAUGUUGAAAUUUUUUUUGACAAAUACUGAAUCCAUGAACAACAUGAACCAUGGGUGCUUAUCCAUCAUUAUAGAUCAAGUAUGAAUAUUUGUAAAAGUAUUUUUAAAGUUGAUUAACAGAUUAGAUGAUUUUUUUAUGUUACAUAUUCAUUAGCAUGAGCUCAACAAUAUCAAUAACUAAUAUGAAUGGUCAUAGUUGAAUCUCUAAAUACCGAAAGGCCACAUAUUCAAAUUUUAAAAUUUUUCCAGAAACAAAAACCUAAACUCAAAAACUUGAGUUUUGUAAUAUUUAAUAAAGUAACUGUAACUUAAAAUAACUUAUGAUGUCUAACACUAAAGCAUUAAAAAUUAACAUGACAUUUUUUUUUCAGAUUAAACAUUUUUUCUUUAAAAUGUAAACAUAUGCCCCAUAUUUCAGUUAUACUUUUGUUUUAAAUAAAAACUAUUAAAAAUUCAAAUUAGUUGUUUCAUGUAAAAUUACGUUCCAAGAAUUGGACGGAUUACUAGCUGGAUAUAGUUUUACAGCAAUACACUUAAAACAAAAUUAAUCACUCAAAAACAAAAAAUAUUAAAUGUGUUAAUUAUAAUAGUUAAAUAGGUUUAGUAUAGUUUAAAUAGAUAUUAUAGGAUGUUUUAGGAUAUUUUUUGUUUAUGAAAUAUUCUUCUUCACAUUGUAUUGUGUUCCUUAGUUUAAUAAUGUUUCCCAAUAUUUUCAAAUUAUUUAAAUAAUUUUUAAGGUCGUAAUCAUAAGAAAAACAUAUGUAUUUUUUAAUUUUUAUAUAUAUAUAUAAAUCGUAAUUUUUAAUACAAGAUAAUGAUCAUUUUAUUGUAAAUUAUCAGAAAAAAAACACGAAUGUUGUGCUAUUUUAUUUUUCAAAUAAGAUAUUCUAAAUUUUUUUUGUGUAUUUGAUAAAUCAAUCUUUUAAUCUACUCUUCUUAAAUAUUUUGUUUAGGGGUUGAAACAUAUUACUUAUCCUUCGUUUAGUUACCAAAGGAAUAGUUAUACUGCAAUUACUUGAAAUAAAAUUAUUUUUUUUAUAAGUAUGAAAAAAUAAAAAAAAAAUCCCAAUGUGAAAAACACGAUAAAACAUCCUUUACAUUUUGAAUUCAGAAUUUUUUUUUUCCUUUUUAAUGCACAUUAAUAUGUAAGUAUUGUUCUAAUCGUAAACUAUAAGAAUUAUCAUCCACCUUUUGUUACAACUUUAAUUUAGUUCUUUAAUCUGGGUCUAGGCCAAAAUAGCGAAAAAUAUAAUGUAAAUAUUUAUUACUUUUUGAUAAUUUUAAAUUUGGACAUAAAUAUUAUAUGCAAUAAUAUUUUUUUUUAUCUGUGUUAAAAAGAAAAAACAAUUUUGAAUUCUAAUUAUGAAGAAUUUUUUGUCUUGUUAUUAAUUAUUGUACCUCUUUUUAUAUUCUUAAAUAUUUUAUUCUAUACUUAUUCCAUAAUUGAUUGUAAAAAUAACUGUAUUUUAAGUAAUUUCAUGUAUAACUACAUGAAUAUGAAUAGUAUGAAUAGUGAAUUCACUAUUCAAGUAUAAUCAUUUCCUUGAUAAUUAAAUGAAGAAUUUGUAUAGAAUAUAUUUAAGGGUAGUUUCAAGGGUUGAUUUAUUAUAAAGCUGGAUAAAUAGUAAAAUUUAGAAUAUUUAACUUGAAAAAAAAAAUAGGAAUACAUUUUUUAUCACAUCUUAUAAUUUUCUAUUUAAUAAUCUUACCUUAAGAAUUAAAAAAACUACUUUUUGCCAAGAAACGAUGGUCGAAUUUAAAAAAAAUCAUUUAAAUAAUCUAAAAUAAUUGGGAAAUAAUAUUAACCUUUAAGGAGAACAAUAUCUAUGGAAGAAUAUUGGAAAAAUUCCUAAAACUCAUACUUGCAUAUACUAAUUAAUUUGUUGAAUAUAACUAAUCUAAAACUUAAGUUCUAAAUGGUUUUAUUGAAUGUAUUAAUGUAAAACCACUCAUCGGCAUGAAUCAGAUGUAUAUUCUCAGAAUGCUUUUCAAUGUUUAUAAACGGAAUUUUGGAUAAAUAUUAUAUGUCCUCUUAAGCAGUUGCAAUUUCUUACAUUAAUACACUUGUAAUAACACUUGUUUUUAUCUAUUAUUAUUUUUUUUUGUUUAUUUAACGAUUUAUCAUAUGAUUAUUUAAUGCAGCAAUGAAAAAUCACGUUAUUAGUAUUUGUUUGCAUUUUAUUUUCAUUUGUUCUAUGUUGCUACUAAUCUACUGAGGACGUAUUGGUAUUCAAAUUUCAAAUUUUCCAACCACCGUUGAGCACAAUGUAUACAUCAAAUUGUUUUUAUCUGAUAUUACUGCUACUUUUCACAGUCAUGGCAACAUUAGUCCAAUGCAAUGACGAUUUUUUGAGGUGAGUUAAAAUAGUUUUAUUAUGUUUUUAUGAUUUGUUGUUACAUUCGGGGUGUAAACUUAUCCUAUAUAUAAUACAUUCUACCUUUGUAUUUUUAAAAUAUCAAAGCUUUACUGUUUUGAUAUUAUUUUAGGACAUUUUCACAAGAAAAUAUUAUAAAUAUUUUAAUCCCUAAUUUAUGUCUAAAUUAAUAUUGUGUCCAGAGUGAAAUUAUAUAAAGUAGAUAGUGUGCGUAAACAGCUUGGAGGAAUUACUAAAUCCUAUGGUCAAAGUCAUCGUCGAUUUGGAUCCAACAUCAACAGUGAACCAUUAACUAAUUUUUUAGAUGUAAAUAUGUAAUUUUAAUCAUCAUCAUUAUUUUUAUACGACAAUUAUUAUUAUAAUUCAAGGCUCAAUAUUAUGGACCAAUCACUAUUGGAACACCUCCUCAAACUUUCAACGUAUUAUUUGAUACAGGUUCAUCAAACUUAUGGGUGCCGUCAAAACACUGCAGUAUUUUGAACAUAGCAUGUAGUAAGAUAUUUGAUUACCAAUUUUUCUUUCUUGAAUUUAAUAGUUAAAUUUAAGAUUAUAGAUUUUAAGUGGAGCAAGGAAUAUAUUGAUUUUACUAUUUGUGCAAUUUUUUUUUUUAUGUGUGUAUUAACAACUUUUGUACCAGUAAUCUUGUUUCAAUCAAAUUUUGAAUCUAGUUGGUGCAUAUAGGAGAUCAUUUUUUUUUUUAAAGCAUUUUGUCUACCGGAAAUCUUGUUAGAAACUUCAAGAAUAAAUUUUGUCUAGUAGGUAUUUUAGUAAUUCAAUUUUCCUAGUAUCUAACAGGAAAAUCUACAGUAAUAAUAGUUUCAUUAUUUCCGAUUUCACUGUUUUAGUUAUCUAAAAUAAAUUUGGUUAAAAGACCUGAAACUUUUAACAAGGAUACCAAUAUUGAUCUUUUCUAGACGUAGUAAUAUUUUCAGAAAAUGCUGGUGAUAUUUUAAUUAUUUAUAGCAUUUGAUAUAAUAGUUUAUAUUUGAUUUUAUGUGGUUAAAUUUAUUUAAAAAAUUUACUUGUGGUUCAUCAUGUUGUAAUUAAUGGUAAAAAAAAGUCAAGGGUAAUAUAUUAAUUUUUAUUAGUGUGUUUUAAGUUCAAAUUGGUAUGAAAAUCAUAAAAAUUACGACUUUAAAAAAUGUUUAUUUGAAAUUUGAUUAGAAACACAUAUCAUUGGCAUUUUUAUAAGGUACCAACAUAUUUUUAACUUUUUUUCUAGAGUUGCAUAAUAAAUAUAAUAUGGUUAAAUCAAGUACAUACAAAAAGAAUGGAACAGAAUUUUCAAUCUGUUAUGGUACAGGAAGUUUAAAAGGUUAUUUAUCUACUGAUGUCGUUUCAGUGAGUAAAAUGUUUAUAAAAUAUAAUCAUUUGAUAAUACUAUGUUAUUAUGUAAUGAACUAACAAUAACUAUUCAGAUGGCUGGUUUUUCUAUAUUUCAUCAAACUUUUGCUGAAGCAAUUGAUGAGCCAGGGUUAACUUUUGUCUUGGCCAAGUUUGACGGAAUACUCGGUUUGGGAUAUCCAUCAAUAUCUGUUGAUGGAGUAGUUCCUCCAUUCUACAAUAUGAUUGACCAGGAUAUUAUCAAAAAUCCAGUGUUUUCAUUUUAUUUUUCGAGGUAGUACUCAUAUGAUAAAUAUAAGUUGACAUUAGUUUUAAUUAUUUUGAGAAUUCUGUAAAUUUAAAUUUUAGAGAUCCAUCUGAAAUUCCUGGUGGUGAAUUAAUAUUCGGUGGUUCUGAUCCUGAAAAAUAUACUGGCAACUUCACUUAUGUCCCUGUUUCUAGACAGGGUUACUGGCAAUUUGGUUUUGAUGAGUAUGUAUAUUUAUCCAUAUUUUGUAUAAAACUGUCUUGAUUUUACUUAUAAAAACUGUAUGUUAUUAAUGUUACCUAUUGCAUACGUUUUUGUUUGUAAAGAGUAACUGUUGGAAAAACAUUAGUUCUGAGUGGUGGAAAUAUCCAAGCAAUUGCUGAUACUGGCACUAGUCUAAUUACCGGACCAAAUAAUUAUAUUAAGCAAAUUAAUAAGCUCAUUGGUGCUACUGCUUUGUCAGGAGGAGAAUACAGGGUAAUAUUUAAAUGUUUAUAUUAUUUUUAUUGGUACUAAUCUUACUUUUUUUUAGAUUCCUUGUAAUAAAAUUGAUAAAUUACCUACUGUAUCAUUUGUAAUUACUGGCACAACAUUUAAUCUCGAGGGAAAAGACUAUGUAUUGAAGGUGUGUUAAUGGUUUAUUGUUUCAUUAUUUUGAAUAUAUUCAUUAAAAUAAUAUUAUUUUUUGUUUUCAAGUUUAAACAAAAUAAAACAGACAAAUGCAUAACUGGUUUUAUGGGUUUUGCUGAAAAAUUCUGGAUAUUGGGUGAUGUUUUCAUUGGUCGCUACUAUACUGAAUUUGAUUUGGGAAACAAGAGGAUUGGUUUUGCUAAUUGUAAACAUGUUUAAUUCCAAGUAUAAGCGUAUACAUAGAACCGAUUGAAAUGAUUGAAUAUAUAAGUGAUUAAAUAUGAUUUUUAACUUGGUUUACACAAUUAUUUUCCUUAUUUUAAUCAUUUUGGGUUCAUAUCGGUAUAUAUUAUAAAUGAUAUGUAUUUAUUGAAAUAGUAACUACACUAAUGUUGUAAUAUCUAUGAAAAUAAUGAACAAAUUUAAUUUACUUUGAUAUUAUUUUAUUUCAAAAAUAUGCUCUAAUUUUGAUUAGGUUUUU